CGCGCCAAAGUUUUGUUGCAGUGAUGGCGUCUAAAGCAGGUCGUCGAGGGACGAAGCGUAAAGCUGAGGUGGCAGCAGAAGAGGCGAAACCGUCCGUGGAGGAGAAGAAGGACAGAGGAGACGGGGAGAGCGGCCAGGAAGGGCAAAGGGUGGUCAUUGAACACUGUAAGAGCUGACGAGUGUAUAGGCGUAAUGCUGAGGAGGUCAAAUCUGCUCUCCUAGCUGCCCACCCUGGACUGACUGUGGUCCUCAACCCUGAGAAACCCCGCAGGAAAAGCUUCGAGAUCACUCUGCUGGAUGGAGGCAAAGAAACAUCUCUGUGGACUGGAAUAAAGAAGGGUCCACCUGCUAAGCUGAAGUUUCCUCAACCUGAUGUUGUAGUUACUGCUCUACAGGAAGCUCUGAAGGCUGAGUAGACGCCCAGUGAAGCCAGGAGUUCAGGAGAUGUGGCUGUGGAAGCAGAAUGAUGAGGAGUGACCAAGGAGAUGCUCUCAGUCUCUCCUCUGAUGAUCCAAGCUCCAGCAGCUCAUCUUCUGGGUACAUGGUGACACCUAGUGGGGCCUCUCUGAGCCAACACAUUUCUCAGACGCACAAUUUUGCUGUUGUUUUUAAGUGUUUUCUCAGCAGUCACUGUGCUUUUUACAUAUGUUUUU